AGCAUAUCCAUUAAGACACACACAUAUACAAACGCUAAGAGAUGGAGGGUUCUUGGCCUGAAAACCUAGCCACCAUUAAUCAGAAAAAAGUGAUUAAUGAUGAGCUUAUGAAAGGCAGAGAAAUUGCUAGCAAGCUUCGAAGUCUUCUUGCUAACUCUGGUGAUGACUCAAAAUCUGCCAAAGAUCUAGUCAUCAAGAUAAUGAAAUCAUUCUCAAAUACCCUUUCCAUGUUGAAUGUGAAAGAGGGUGAUAUUGCAGGCUCUACGAUCUCUCAAAUCCAAGCUCAUUCAUCGUGUUUGGAUGCCUCGAAAUCUGAAGGUGAUUCUCAAGAAAGUUGCAGGAGUAGUAAUAUCACUCCCAUUAAAAAGGAUCGAAGGGGCUUUCAUGAUCGAAGGGGCUUUCAUAAUCGAAGAAGACCUCUGCAAACAUGGCAAAGUGAUACUCCAACCCUCAUUGACGAUGGUCAAGCAUGGAGGAAGUACGGACAAAAAGUGAUUCUCCAAGCCGAAUACCCUAGGCACUACUUUAGGUGCACAUACAAGUAUGACCAAGGAUGCAAGGCAACAAAACAGGUUCAGAGGAUUCAAGUUAAUCCUCCAUUAUACCUGACCACAUAUUUUGGGCAUCACACAUGCAAGAUCAUCCACAAAGAUCAUGAAGUAGUCAUGGAAGAUACUAGUCCUAUUGAAACUUCCAUAUUCAUUAGCUUCGAUAGUUCCAACCUCACAAACAAACAAGAUCAGCAUCCAUUUUUAUCAUCAUUCUCUUCAAUCAAAGCUGAACUUAAGGAGGACAUCAAAAAAUGUGACACCAACAAGAAUCAAUCAUACUCGUGUGAUUAUUUUGUGUCACCGGAUUCAAUGGUAACUCAAUUGCCGAAGAGCAUGAUGGAGUUGUCAUCAACUUUGGAGUCUACAAAUAAGGAUUUAAUAUAUGAGAUUAUGGAGUGUGAUGAUUUCUCUUUUAAUAUGUUUCAAAUUUGA